UGUAACUGUUCUUAGCCGCAACAGACUUGGGAUCUAAAAUCUGUGUAGUUUAAACUGACAGUGAUCAGUAUAUUGGAGUGAUAGGAUGCUACCUUUAUCAAUUAAAGAUGACGAAUACAAGCCAGCCAAAUUCAAUCUGCUUUUCAAGAUGUCGGGAUGGUUCAGAUCAAUUCUUUCUGACAAAACGUCCAGGAACCUGUUCUUUUUUCUGUGUUUGAAUCUGUCCUUUGCAUUUGUGGAAUUACUAUACGGAAUAUGGAGUAACAGUUUAGGCCUUAUAUCUGAUUCCUUUCACAUGUUCUUUGACUGUACGGCCCUCUUGGCUGGAUUAACAGCUUCAGUUAUUUCAAGGUGGAGGUCAAAUGAUGCAUUCUCAUAUGGGUAUGUGCGAGCGGAGGUCUUGGCUGGCUUUGUAAACGGCCUCUUCUUAAUCUUCACAGCCUUUUUCAUCUUCUCAGAAGGAGUGGAGAGAGCAUUGGAACCUCCAGAUGUCCAUCAUGAGAGGCUGCUGCCUGUAUCUAUUGCUGGGUUAAUUGUGAACCUGAUCGGAAUAUUCGUAUUUCAACAUGGAGGGCACGGGCAUUCUCAUGGAGAUGAAGGUCAUGGUCACAGUCAUUCUUUGUUCAAUGGAGGGGUAAACCAUGGGCAAAGUCAUGGAGGGCAUGGCCAUGGGCACGAGUCAAAGCAUGGGCACAGCCAUGACCACGGGCAUGGCCACGGGCAUGGCCAUUCACACAAGGACAAUCACUGUCAUGAUGACCCCUGCAAUCCACCAGAAAAAGGGCCCAACAAACAGAUCUUACAAGGAAUCUUCUUACACAUUGUAGCAGACACCCUUGGAAGUGUUGGUGUAAUUAUAUCAGCUUUGCUGAUGCAGAAUUACGAUCUCAUGAUAGCAGACCCAAUCUGCUCCAUGCUAAUCUCCUUACUUAUAGGAGUAAGUGUUGUUCCGCUGCUCAGAGAAUCUAUUGGAAUACUAAUGCAGAGAACCCCUCCUUCACUGGACCAUGUCCUCCCAGGGUGUUACCAGCGGGUCCAGCAGCUCCAAGGAGUUUACAAUCUGCAGGAGCCACACUUCUGGACCCUUUGUACCGAUGUUCACAUUGGAACUCUGAAGCUGCUGGUAGCCCCCGAUGCGGAUUCCCGGUGGAUUUUAAGCCAGACUCACAACAUCUUCACUCAGGCAGGAGUUAGGCAACUUUAUGUACAGAUUGAUGUUGCAGCUAUGUAGUGAGCCUUAUAUUGGACUCCUUGGACCAAAGCCUUCCUGGUACUGUAGGGAUCAAUGCCAUCUGUCCGUCUGGCAUUAAACACCUCUGUCAGGAAAGAGGGACCAAGCUGGACAUGCAUAUGCUCUGGACCUCUCAAGUUCUGUCUUUUGACCAAAUUUGCCAUUGAAACAAUAUGUUGAACACAGUUAUGUUGGACUUUUUUGUCUUUUUACCUGCACCCACAGAAUAGUCUCAAUUGUGAUUUAUUUUUUUAUAAUUCUGAUUCCCAACCAUACAGUAAUAUUAUCAUUAGAUUGUUACAUUUUGUACACCAUGUGCUUAGCAGAGUGUCCAGAACUGAUCAUUCCUAUAGACCUAUAUAAAACAAAAUAAGGUUUUAAAUUAUAGAAUGGAUCUUGUUAGGGUUUGUUUUUGUCUUUUUUUUUUUUUUUUUUUUUUUUUUAAAUAACACCUCAAUAGCUGAUAUGUAAUAUUCAAAUGUUUGUAAUCUGUCGUUUGUACUUUGCAAACUUUAUGAGCCAAACCAUAUUGGGUUUCCAAAGUGCCUUUUGACCACUAUGAUUAUGGACAAUCUGGGCAUGGGCAUUAAGACCUGUUUUAAUCUGAACUCUUGGGUGAGAUUUAGCUAACAGGUGGAGGGGUUUGAAAAGCUAUUCUUAUUCAUUUGAUACUGAGUGAAGUAGCGCUUCUCUCUCUACAUAGUUCAUAUAUACAGUGGGGCUACGACAAAACAUUUAUCCACAGCAACAGUUCUUAACAUGGCUACAGCUACUUGAGAUUUCAUGAGAAUUCCAUUUUACCAUUUUUAAACAAACAUCCCUGUGGACAGCGCACACUUGCUUAAUUGAGUUUUAUUGCACAUCUGUGUCGUUCCAUUAAAGGGAUACGUGUUAGAACAGAUGUGCAGAAACAGAAAUUCACAUUUGAAUCAUUAUUUUCCUGAUGUAUGUUGAUUCAAUAAACUUGGGUGUACAGAUGACCAGUUCUCUUUUUGCAAUAAAAAAAGGUUAUCAGACACUGGU